CCGUUUAUUCAAUGUUUAUUAUUGCGGUGUCACCGGCUCCGCGCACACGGAAAAGUUAACCAUAACCGACCACGAUGUUAAAUGUUAAAUUCUUUCUAUUUUUGUUAACAUUGAUAUUGUUAAACGUUGUUAAAUGUAAAUAUGUAUAUGAAACGAAACUGUUCCAAGUGCCGCUGGACCACUUCGGGUAUCAGAGGAACGAAACUUUUAACAUUCGGUAUCUUGUGAAUGAAGAUAAUUGGGACCGAGGUGGCGGGCCGAUAUUUUUUUAUACCGGGAAUGAGGGUCAAAUCGAGACGUUCGCUCAGCACACCGGCUUCAUGUGGGACAUCGCGGCAGACUACCGCGCCAAGUUGGUCUUCGCUGAGCACAGAUACUACGGAAAAUCGAUGCCUUUCGGCGACAAAUCCUUGAACAAGGAGCACAUUGGGUAUCUGACGUCCUCGCAAGCUUUGGCCGACUACGCUGAUCUAGUCAACUUCCUACAAGGGGAUAGGAUGAGGCCUAGAUAUCCUGUCAUAGCUUUUGGAGGCUCGUACGGCGGCAUGCUGUCAGCAUACUUCCGAAUGAAGUACCCUCACCUGGUAACGGGAGCCAUUGCAGCAUCAGCGCCGGUACACAUGUACCCUGACAUGGUGCCGUGCGAGGUGUUCCACAGAAUCGUCACCUCCAGCUUCAAGAUCGCCAGCCAGAAGUGUGUCGACAACAUCAAGAGCUCGUGGAGUGAGUUGAGAACAUUCCUCGGAAGCCAGAACAACAGCGACUGGAUAAAAACCAAGUGGAACCUCUGCGAACCGGUCAAGAAUGCCACAGAUGUGCAGAAUCUGCUGGACUACCUGCAGACCAUGUACGAGACGCUGGCGAUGGUGAACUACCCGUUUCAGUCGGACUUCCUGAUGCCGCUGCCAGCGCAGCCUGUCCGAGUUGUCUGCCAGUAUUUGACCGAUAAGUUUAAUGGCACGCAGCUUUUUGAGGCUAUCGGCAAAGUGAUUGAAGUUUAUGCCAACUACAACAGAAAACCUGACUGCGUGAAUUAUACAAACACUAAUUAUGGAAACCUCGACGCUUCUGGAUGGGACUAUCAGGCGUGCACAGAGAUGAUAAUGCCCAUGUGCACGACUGGCAAGGACGACAUGUUCGAGCCUUCGCCCUGGAACUUCACCACAUACGCCGAGGGUUGCCAUAAGAAGUACGGCGUGUACCCGCGGCGCGAUGACGCCAGGAUACAGUACGGGGGGGACAGGAUCAAGGCGGCGUCUAACAUUGUCUUCAGUAAUGGACUGCUGGACCCUUGGGCUGGAGGUGGCAUACUCAAUAGUAUCAGCAGCACGGUAACAGCGGUGGUUAUAAUCGACGCUGCACACCAUCUCGACCUGAUGCCGGCCAACCCUAACGACCCGGAGCCAGUCAAGAUGGCGCGGAAUAUCCACAGACAGAACAUAGACAAGUGGCUGAGAGAGUUUCGCGAGGAACAGACCAAGAGACCGUGAAAUGCAUGUACUCAACGAUUUUUGCAACAUAGUGUGUAUGAUGCUUAUGUAAUUUCAUUGGAUUCGAUAUUCAAAUGAUACCAAAACAAGAUGUCAUUUUUCGAAAAAGGAAGGAACAAAGACAAAUUUAUCCAAAGUGUAUGUGUUUGUGUAAUUAUUUUUAUGUACUACAGCACAGACAAACAAAAUAAUAGUUAUUUAUGCAAAUCCCUAUUCACACCCAGUGACCCAAUGCUGACAGUGAAAUUGUUAAAAUAUGUACUUUUCUAUAUUAAUGAAAAUAUUAAAAACUUUAGAUUGAG